UUUCUCUCCCAACAGAAAGCACAAUUAGGAGCGAGAGCUGAGAGAGCUGUGUGUAUGUAGUCUGCUCGCUGCUGAUUCCAGAGUGUUAAAGAUACAAAUCAUCAUUUGGCUUUAUCUGCCUAUUUAUUUACCCCUGAAAGUGGGAAGGACUACAAAGUGCUCACUAAGGAUACACAGUUUUCUGGAUGUUCUAAAAGCAGAGAAAACUAGACAUGAGCCAAGAGGACAAAGAAAGAUUAAAACUGUAUAGUGAUUACAUCACAGGGAUUCUGAGACCCACCUAUGUUAUUGACUGUAUGUCCACUUGGUUCUCAACAGAUGUCAUAGAAAAGAUCAAAGCUGAAGAGUCAAACGGGCCAACUCAAGCUGCCAGCUUCUUCAUCAAACACCUGCUAGAGCUGGAAGAGAGGGGAUGGUACCAAGGAUUUCUAGAUGUGCUAGAGGCCACAGGAUACACUGGCCUCUGUCAAGCACUGACUAUGUCAGACUUUCACCACAUUGAGGCUCUAGAUCAUCCAAAGAGACUUUUAAAAACAAUACACAGUACAGUUAAAAACAACAUCACUCCAAGUGAGUUUGUUAAUCAUUUUACCGACUGUCUCAUGUCCCGGGAAAUUGAAGAAAUUAAGCAGGAGAUUACAAACAAAGGGGAAAUUGCUGGUGCUGAGAAGUUUAUAGAUAUCCUUCUCAGAUCAGACAAACAAGAAUGGCCCAAGGUCUUCACUCUGGCUCUGCAAGAUGAAGGACACUUGGAAAUUCUUGGCUUAUGGUCAGAUAAAGAGCGUCGCAGUGUAGCAGAAAAUGUGGAGGAAGAAACUAGCGCAUUCAGUAACCUCCAGUACUCAGUGAUACCAGAGCAGGAAAAUCUAGAUUACUCAGAGUGUAGCAGUGUAGCAGAAAAUGUGGAGGAAAAAAUCCUCCAGUAUUCAGAGAUGCCAGAGCUGGAAAAUCUAGUUCUCUCAGCCCCUGCUGUUCUGAGCAAUCAAGUAAAAAAUGUCAUCCCUAAAAUAAAUAGUAGUGUUUCACAAUCAAUUUCCACUGUGAAGUUAAGAAAAUAUCAGGAGGAGUUAGCAAAACCUGCAUUCACUGGAAAGAACACCAUGAUUUGUGCCCCAACAGGAUCGGGGAAGACUCUGGUGUCACUUGUGAUUUGCAAACAUCAUUUAGAAUGCAUGCCAAAUGGAAAAAAAGGAAAAGUUUUAUUCAUGGCCACCAAAGUGCCAGUUUAUGAGCAACAGAAGGAUGUUUUCUGUAAAUAUUUUGAAGGCAGUAGGUACAAAGUAGAGGGUGUUUCUGGAGAAACGGCUGAGAAUUUUCCUGUGGGGCUGGUCAUUGAAAACAGUGAUAUCAUUAUUUUAACCCCUCAGAUUCUUGUUAACUGCCUACAAAGUGGAACAGUGCCUUCUAUUUCUGUCUUUAGCAUGAUGAUUUUUGAUGAAUGCCACAACACAAUAGGGAAUCACCCAUACAAUGUAUUGAUGUUCAGUUACUUGGAUCUGAAGCUGAAUAUGCCUGGGGUGGCUCUUCCACAGAUCAUUGGAUUGACAGCCUCAGUGGGAACAGGAAAAGCAAAGUCUUUACCAGAAGCAAUUCAUUAUAUCACUAGAUUAUGUGCCAGCCUUAAUAUUGAGGUUAUAUCUACAGUCAAGGAGCAUAAGGAAGAGCUGGCUGAAACUGUAUUCAAACCAACAAAAAGUAUUAGCAUAGCACCACAGCGUGAAAAUGACUCAUUUACAGCUAUCAUGUCUGAAAUCAUGAGCGAGACUGAGAAGAUGGCAAAAGACUUUUACCCUGAACUUUAUUCCAUGUCCAAUAUCCAGAAUCGGAGUUACGGAACGCAGAAAUAUGAGCAGUGGAUAGUUGACACCCAAAAGAAAUGUUGUGUAUUACAAAUGGAUGACAAGAAUAAAGAGAUGCGUAUCUGCUCAUCACUGUUUACCUACACUGAGCAUUUGCGGAAAUAUAAUGAUUCUAUUAUGAUCAACGAUGAUGCUCGUACAAAGGAUGCUCUGGACUUUUUGGAGAACUUUUUUAACAACAUGAAGAAUGGAAGCUUUAAUGAAAUUGAACAGAAGCUGUAUAAUAUGUUUCAAGAUAAACUCCCACAGUUGUUGGACAUUUCGAAAAAUAAUAUUAACCCAAAACUGGAAGAGCUACAGUUUAUUUUGGACGAAUCCUAUCACGAGAACCCAGAGACGCGCUCUUUGCUAUUUGUCAAAACUCGGUCAUUGGUAUCGGCAUUAAAGACAUGGAUAGAAGAGAACCCCUUACUCCAAUUCUUGAAGCCGGAGAUAUUGAUAGGACGAAGCAAGAGGAAUGAAAGCCUAGGAAUGACCCUGUCAAGCCAAAAAGGUGCACUGGAGGCUUUUAAAAAUUCAGCAGAAAGCAAACUUUUGAUUGCAACCUCAGUUGCUGAUGAAGGCAUUGAUAUCCAGGCCUGUAACCUUGUGCUUCUUUAUGAAUAUGUUGGCAAUGUUACAAAGAUGAUCCAAGUCAGAGGCCGAGGAAGAGCAAAGGACAGCAAAUGCUUUCUGAUUACAUCCAAAGGAGAAGAAGCGAUUAAGGAAGAAAAUAAUUUGCUGCGUGAGAAAUUAAUGAAUGAGGCUGUAACUGUGCUACAGAAGGAGGAGCCUGAGUCCUUUGUUAAUAAGAUUCUUGAGAUCCAAAAGGAAGAAAAACAUAUUCGUGAUAUGAAAAAGUUAUUUGAGAGACCAAAGGCAACUGAAGGCAACAGGAAAUUGCUUUGUAAAAAAUGUAAAACAUAUGCCUGCAACACAGAUGACAUAAGAGUAAUAAAGGUUUCUCACCAUACAGUCAUUGACAAAAGCUUUAUGGAGCGGUUUACUUCUUUGCCUAUUGAAAAGCCCAAAAAAUUCAACGGCUACAAGAUGUUGAGUAAAAUAUUCUGCAAGAGACUAGAAUGCUCAGAGGAAUGGGGGGUGUCUGGCACAUACCAGAACUUUUCACCCAUUCCUCUAAUAAAGAUCACUAAGUUUGUAAUAGAGAACCCAGAUGGAACCCAGGAGUACAAGGCCAAAUGGACAGAUGUAAAUUUUACAAUGAAGAUCAUCACAAGAAAUGAAUUGAUUAGUUCAUUCAUUGCUUCUGUUGAAUAAUGUAACUGUCAUUAUUGACUACCUGGACUGAGCUCUGUAUGAUCACUACUGACAACGCGAUUACAUUUUUAUGGCUAAUAUUAUUUAUUGCUUCACCUUAGGCUCUCUUCUAGUGACUUCCACUCUAACUUUAGAACAUUUGCCCUGUUGAUAGUGUAAAUGGCCCCAGUAGCCUGAGAGCAAUUUUACUGACUAAUUGGAGAACUACUGAAUAAAUUGUUCAUUCAAAACCAAAUACAGUCAUGACCCAAAUUGUUGGCACUCCAGAAAUGUUUCCAGAAAAUCAAGUAUUUCUCAUAGAAAAGUAUUGCAGUAACACAUGUU